AGACGCAUGCGUACUGUCGUUCCAAAGCGCCAUCUUUGGGUCGGUUACUUCGAGAUCGAAUUCACCCAAAUUGAAAGGGGUGAAAAAGAAACCUAUGCUUAUUUCAAUUUGCACACUCUUGUGAUGGAAUAUUCAAAUGAUUAUUGAUAAAUGUAGACAGACUGUUUUUUUGGAUUAAUUCAGCUUUUAUUGCUUGUUCACAAUUGCCAAGCCUACCGUUAUAGGCCGUGUUUACAUGGUACACGUACAUUCCUUACUACCCGGAAAGAAGUGACACAUUCGUUUUAUGACUUGGAUGGAAAGAAUGAGUCGGAUUUGCAUAUAUAACUGGUUUACUGUGUUUUAAAAGUAUUUGUUAUUUGAAAGAAAUCAUCCAUUUAUUGAUUGGAACCCCUGAAUUUUGAAAGUUAAGUGGAUUGCUCUUUGCAGUUAUUGCAUCGGUGGAGAUAGGCCGCGGGUUAUUCAAGCAGCCUGAUAUCAUUUCCUCUGCAUGUGUGAAAUGAUACAUAAGUCUGCAGAGUGAGAAUCAUGCCGCCUGUCAAACCAGGAUCUUUUAAAAACACAGAAUAUGCUGGAUUAUUCUAUGAUGUCGACCCAGACAAAGUUUUCAAUGACCUCAGAGAAAUUGGCCAUGGAAGUUUUGGGGCUGUCUACUAUGCAAGAAAUAUUCAAAGCAAGGAAGUUGUUGCUAUCAAAAAGAUGUCCUUUACUGGCAAGCAAUCGUCUGAGAAAUGGCAAGACAUUGUCAGAGAAGUUCAAUUUCUUCACAAGCUAAGUCAUGCCAACUGCAUUGCUUACAAAGGAUGUUACAUCAAAGAGCACACAGCAUGGCUUGUUAUGGAAUACUGUCUUGGCUCGGCUUCAGAUAUAAUAGAAGUACACAAAAAGCCUCUUAAAGAAAGCGAGAUCGCCGCCAUUACCGAGGGUGCGCUAAAAGGCCUCGUUUUCCUUCACUCACACAACCGAAUUCACAGGGAUAUCAAAGCUGGAAAUAUACUACUUACGGAAAAUGGAAUCGUCAAGUUAGCGGACUUUGGUUCUGCUUCGAUGAAGGCACCUGCCAAUUCUUUUGUGGGCACCCCAUACUGGAUGGCUCCAGAGGUUAUUCUUGCCAUGGAAGAAGGCCAAUACGAUGGAAAGGUCGAUGUUUGGUCUUUGGGUAUUACUUGCAUUGAACUUGGCGAGAGGAAGCCUCCCCUGUUCAACAUCAACGCAAUGAGUGCCUUGUAUCAUAUUGCACAGAACGAACCUCCUUCUUUGUCAUCGGAUGGAUGGUCGCUGGAGUUCAAGGAUUUCGUGUCAGCCUGUCUGAAGAAGUCUCCUGCAGAACGACCCACUACAGAGCAACUCAUGACAUCCCCAUUUAUAAAGAAGCAGCGUCGGCCUAACGUGAUCAUGGAGUUGAUUGCAAGGACCAAGCAAGCCGUGCGGGAAUUAGACAAUAUGAAUUAUAAAAGAAUGAAGAAAAUCUUGGUAACAGAUGCGACGUCAGAAACAUCAGACGAUGUGUCGGAUCCAGGCGAUACCUCCUCGAUUGAUACAGAAUCGAACGGACCUAGGGAAAUGGACACAGAGGCUAUGAGGAAGCUAAGCAUUAACAGCAAGGGAAGCAGUGUGAGUGAGCAUGACAGCACGCCAAGCAGCCCAAGCAGCAGCACAGAAGACAUCCCAGGGGCAGUGCAAGGAAAUUCAGAGCCCCGAUCUGAGAGUCCGAUAUCAUUCUCCUUGUCAAGGGUGCCUAAUCCCAGCGAAAAUCGAGAAGAUAGGUUUGCUACUAUCCGACCUGCAAAUGUAGUUGCCAGGCAACAGCAAGAACACCAAGAAUCAGAUGCGUAUCGGGAACAACUACAGGGAUACAAGAGACUAAGACAGCAGCAUCAAAAGCAAAUUUCGAAUCUUGAGCAGAAACAGCAGGGUGAAAUGUUGGAGCAUAGGCGGUCGUUAGAACGGGAAUUUGAAACGCAGAUGCAUGCUUUUGAUAAAGAAAUGGAAAGGCUAAAAACGAAACACAGGGCUGAACUUGAGCAAAAGGUCAAGCAGGGUAUUUCAGAGGAAAAGAAACUGACGAAGACAACCAUGCAACAGCAAGAUGCAGAGCUUAGGCAUGUCGGUGUCACCGUGAAGAACGAAUAUAAAUAUGCGAAACAGCAGUUGAAAAAGGAAAUGUCUGAGUCGCCGAUCGAACGAAGACCAACGACUUCUCUUGUUGAACUUAAAGAGCAAUUCUCGCGACUGCAAAAACAACGGGAGACAGACAAGGCGCGGAAGCAGAGUGAGCAAUUUGAAUCCUCGCUAAGGAGUUUCAGGAGAGAACAGUUAAUGCAGAGGCAGACCCUUGAAAAGUCACUACUAAUCGAGGAAAUGAAUACAUUGCAAGCACAAAAGGACCAGGCUCACGGAAUGUUGUUACGUCAUCAUGAGUGUACGCAGGAUCUUGAGUACAAGCAGAUUCGUGGGAUGCAGAAACUGCGCUGGGAUCAACAACAGUAUCAGCAUCAAACAGAAUGGGACAACCAGAUGGAGUACAACAAGAAGGCUGAGAUGGAAUUGCAGAAGAAACACCUGUUGGAACUCAGACAGAGACCAAAGACCCUCAAGGCUCAAGAAAUUCAGGUCCGUAAACAGUUUCACGAAACUCUGAAAAUUCAGAAUCGACAAUACAAAAUUCUGCAGAAGCAGAAGCUGGCACAGACGCCUCGAGAACACCAUCGCGACAUCAUCAGGAAGUUCAAAGAAGACAGGAUACGCAAGAUGGCCGACCUAGCCUCUCAAUACGACUCUAGUUUGUCAGAGCUUCUUAGAAAACAAAAGGUACGUCUAGAUGAGGUCCAAGUUCAAGAACAAGGUUCUCUCAGAGCCAAGCUGCAGCAAGAGCAAGAUCUGCUUAGCAGAUACCAAGAAAGACAGACCGCUUUGUUGAAAAACCACAUCGAGAAGGAACUAGAAGAUCUUCAAAACCGCGUCACUCGCCGUAGAGCGUUGCUGGAAGAGAGGAUGUACGAAGAAAGUACUCGCCUUCAAGAUAUUAGGCAAGAAAGGCUACGCGACCUACAGGCUCGUCACUUACAGGAACUGGCCGAAUUCGAUGCCCAGGCAAGCAUGUUCUACCGAUCAUCGGAGAGUCCCCGACAAGUACGCUCGGCAAGUUCUCGCAGCAGCGUGUCUUUGUCCAGUAGUGGCAGCUUCACGUCGGGCUCAUUUGUCGUGUCUGGCAAUGGAGACGCGCGCGACCAGCAACGAGAACCUAUGCUUUCUGGUUUCAAAAUUUAAUAUCAGAAAGAUUUGUAAUACCAGUAAUUUUUACUCAUAAGAAAGCGUACGAUAUCGUCGAUGUUUUGAACCCGGCCUUCUACAGGACUCGUCAGAAACUUGAACUCGAAAGGCGCAGGCCGUAAAAUGUUAGAAUUUUUUAAUGAAUUUUUGAAUACGGAAAUUUAUGUGAAAUUUAACGGAGUAAUUCGAUGAUUUAAUUCUAGAAAGUGCCAAAAACGUGAAACUUUUCUUCAGUCGUCAUAAUAAUCAGGAACUGCUCGAGAAAAUUCCAACCAUUUAACUCAGCCACCAACUGUUUUUAUUCUAAUCUUCGUGUAAUUUUUGUCAGCAUGCUGUUUUAUCAACAAGGCAAGUGACAACCUUGUUAUUCACUCUUCGAGGGUUGUAUGAACAAUCUCCUUUUAUUUUAUUGAUAUUUUUGUAUGGUAGAAUUUAAUUUUACCCAACAGUCAGAUGCCCUAGCUAGUCGAGAACCCAAUAUUGAAGAUAGUGUGGUAACCUCCUAAUCGAGUUAGUUGGCCUUUCCGAUUGUUUGUCCUCUGCUCGAAUACGUUGAUUUUGAAUCCAUUGCGAAAAGUAUGUAACCCAAAAUAUUGUCAUAUUCUUGGGCAGUUCGUGGAGCCAAUACGGACUUGAGAUGAUGUGUCAUUCUUUCAUAUCUUUCGUUUUCUUUUUCUCCCGGCAGUCAGCCGUAGAUUCAUAGGUUUUCGUAGGCGCAAAGUUUGUGUUUGUUUGUAUCUAACAGACGGGAGGCCUUCAAAAACACCAAGUUGAAAGGCAAGGCUUGUCAUUUAGAAGCAAUAUAAUACCACCAAAUGGAAGUUUUUAUACCUUAGACUUAAACAUCCUAGCUUUUUAGUAGUUUCUAUCAAAAUUCUUGCUUUCCUAUGACGAAUGUUUUUAGCUAUUUGGAAGGCACUAUAUCCCGACACAUUUCGAUGGCCAUCUAAAUUCCCCAUUGGUUGGACUUAAAAACAGUUUCCAACAAUGUUUCCAACAACCCACCCUGCAUUUCCAGGUUAGUUUCCCAAACUUUAUCCCGUAGGAUUUUUUUCGGCAAUUGAUUCUUGUGCAUUUUGAGGGGGUUAUGGGCGCUUUUGAUUCCCGCAAUACACCCCAUUUUUCCUAUUAACCGAACUUGCAUUUAAGAACUUGUUGACAAGAAUUGCCUCAUCAGCAAAAUCGUGCUGCUUUAAGUGUUCUCUUAGGUAUUUAUUCUUAGUGGCACAUGCAUCGUUGAGUUCAGCCUUCUUCAUGGUUGUGUUCGGGAAAUCUGUAUCAUAGUACAUAUAUUGGUAGGAAAUAAUUAAUCUUCAUAUUUGAUGUGAAUUAAAUUCAUGUGCUGGCCUUAUCUAAGAUGUAUUUUAAAUUUAUUCCCUUCUUUGCGUAUUACUCGCCGUUCAAUAUGUCAUUUACUUUAUUUGUUAAAACUAUAUUCUAUCUUUUCACAGCGAUGCAAGUCAAA